UGCAAGUGAAGGGAGGGGCUUGGGAGCCCUGAUGCCCUUCUCCUGGCUCCCUCCUCUGAAGCCCCAGCCUGGCAAACUCUCUCCGGAGCAGAGAUCGGACGAAUUGGCAAGGAGCAGCAGCAGCAGCAGCAAAGCUGUUUUCUGCUUCUUCUUCUUUCUUCCUGGCAGGAGACAAGAGUGAAGAAAGAGAGGAGGCAAAGCAUCCCAAGAGAAGCUGCCAGGUCUCUCUUUGCAGAAGAAGAAGAAGCCCCAGCAGCAGCCCAGAGAGCUUGUCCCUCCUCCGACAGAAGGCUAACUGGAGUGAUUGUCCUCCUCCUCCUCCUUCCCCCCGAGAUCAGGAGCAGCCCCCCUCAUGCUCCAGAGGAGCCACCUUUCCACUGGAAAGCCAGCGCUAUGCCAGAGAAGGCUCUCUUUCUCCUGCUGGACGUGGCUCUUUUGGCCUUGAUCUUGGAGUUUGGGACCUCUCUCUUUGGGAUUCUCGGCUGCAAAGCAAGUGAGGGUCCCCUCUUCCUCUCUCUUGGGGAAAACUAAGUCCUGGGUCCUGGAGGUGCCCCAUCUGCUCUUGCAGAAGUUUUCAAGGCUGUGCCCUGUUCGCCUCUGCAGGGAACCGCUCUGCAGAAGAAGAGGAAGACACCUCCAGGCAGAUGCCCUCCUCACCUCUUGGCUGAGACACACCUGGAGGGAGGGGAGCUCCAGGUGCCUUCCCUGGCUUUCCAAGGAGAUUGUAAGGGGACCAACCUAUUCUGAACCUUUCCCCCCUUCCUGAUAUACAGGUAACCAGUCUACCUGGGGGAGGUGUAGAAGAGCCUCCAAGCAGAUGUCCUCAUCAUCUGUUGGCUGAGACGUACCUGUAGAAGGGUGCCUUCCCUGAGCUUCCAAGGAUACUGUAAGGGGACCAACCUAUUCUCAACCUGUUUUCUCCUUCUCCCCCCCCCCCAAUAUCCAGGUAGCCAGUCUACCUGUGGGAGCUGUAGAAGAAACAGCCAAGUGGAUAUCCUCAUCACCUCUUGAAACAUAUCUGUGUUGGGGCAACUUACAUGUGCCUUCCCUGACCUUCCAAGAAUAUUGUAAAAGGACCAACCUGUUCCCAAUCUUUUCCACCUCCUUUAUAAAAAAAUGUCCUCCUCAUAUACAGAAUGUGUCAGUGUGGUUUGCUCUUAAUUACCUAACACUGGGUCCUUAGGAGCACCAAGGAAGUCAUCUAACCAGGGAAGAACAAUGUAUGGGGAAUUUCUCAACUCCACUGGGGCGACGGACCCCCAUCUGAUCAUCCAGAGCAACACUCCUUAUCUUGGGAGCACCCAAAGACCUGUCAGCUCUUCGGCUUUUUACAUGUCCACUGCCAGAGUGUUAAAAGAAGGUGAGAUAAAUAAGCCAGACCUGGUGACUUAUAUUGUCCUCUUCUUGUUCCUACUCCUGGCUGUGACUAUUAUUGUACUUUUUAUUAACUGCCAGCUGAAAAAUUCUUUUUUCGCCACGCUACCUUAUGACAGAUCACUCCGAGAAGCUAGGAGCCCCUGGAAAACACAAGCUGUCUAGCAGAGCCUAGACAGGGAGAGGGGAAAUGUCCACUAUAACACUUUGUUGGAUGCCAGUACAAGGGUCUCAUGCUCCUGAAUACUUGUGUAAUAGGAGCUUGUUUCUGUGUGCUACUGGGGGAGGCAAGCACUGAGAAAUAAUAGGAUUGUUCAUAAACACCAAAGCUGAAAGAAAUGUGGGAGGGGGUUCUUUAACACUGUACGAAUUUGUAUGACAAUGCAAAGACUUAUUUAACUUAUGUAUAAGAGGGGUGGGAGUAGGGUUGACUGCAAUAGGAUUCACAUAAAAAGAGUUCAUGCUGAUUUGCACAAGUCAAACAUUUGCGCAGUUCACUGGGAUCUCAUGGCACAUGUACCACUACAUUUCAGACUGCAGGGAUCAAAAGUAUAAAAGCAAAUGUGAUUCCUGGUUGUUGUUGUUGUUGUUUUUAAAAAUCCAUUAUUGUAUAGUGGACUUUGUGUUGAGAAAGACAGGUAGUCAACUGCUGGUGACGCUGCUGCCUGGGUGUCUGAAAGAUCUGUUAUUUCUUAAUUAUGUUCUUAACAUUGUUAUGCCAAGGAACCAGGAUUUUUCUCUGCCCCAGCAACCUUUGGUUUUCAUACCACAAUGUAUACAUCACAGUGUGGUGGUAGAAAUUAAAACAGGG